AUAAAAUUUUAGAUACAACAAAAGCGGUAGUGAGUGUAUGAACAAUAGUUACGUGUGUGUUGCUGUAAACGGCCUACUGCUGCAGCCUGCAAAACAUACACAACUGACAAAAUACUUAAGUUUCUUCAACAAUGGUGGUGGCCUCCUUUGAGAGCUCACUUGGGAUGUUUUCAUCGAUUUUUGGUGGAAAAUUUGACAUGGGUUCUUCUUAUUACAUCCAAAGAAUUAUCGUAGAUGUUUUAAAUUUGCUGUUCCUAGGUGUGUACUGCCUGUCUUCGCUUGUAGUUUCUUUAAGGAAGCAUAACGUAAGCACUACAAACAGAAGGGGUUGGACUUUCAUAGCUGUUUCAAUUUGCUGUGGUCUCACAAGCCUUGCAUAUCUUGUUGCUGGUUUUUGUAAUCUAAAUGCAAAAGGAGACAUAUUUGACCAUUCGAGCUGGUUGGUUUGCCUUGUCAGAGCACUGAUUUGGAUAUCUCUUUCAGUUUCUUUGCUACUUCAGGAGACAAAAUGGAUUAGAGUUCUGAACUCUGUCUGGUGGGUUUCCUUCUUUUCUUUGAUUUCAGCUCUAAACGUUGAAAUACUGAUCAGAGCAAAAAGCAUCAAGGUUAUAGACAUAGUGCCAUGGAUUGUGAAUCUUUUGCUUCUGGUUUGUGCUUUUAUGAAUAUCCUACAACUGGUUUCUCAGCAUAACGAAGACAACAGUCUAUCCCAGCCUCUUGUCCAAAAGACUGAGAACAGAAAAACAGAAGUAGGCAGGGCUUGCUUUCUUGAGAAAUUGACGUUUUCCUGGAUUGGCCCGUUGCUUAGCUUGGGAUAUUCGAAACCGUUGUCUCUUGAAGACAUCCCUUCUUUAAGUUCGGAAGAUGAAUCCAACAUAGGCUACCAAAAGUUCAAACAAGCAUGGGAUGGGCUUCUAAGGGAGAAGAGUAGCCCAGACAAAACCAUGAACUUUGUCCUCUGGGCAAUAGUAAAAGUGUACAUGAAAGAAAAUGUGUAUAUAGGCAUUUGUGUACUUCUAAGGACAAUUUCUGUAGUAGUUUCUCCUCUCAUACUCUAUGCUUUUGUAAAUUAUGCGAAUAGCAAAGAGGAAAAUCUGCAGCAAGGUCUUUCUAUCUUGGGGUGUCUUGUUCUUACCAAGGUUGUUGAGUCCUUAACUCAAAGGCACUGGUUUUUCUACUCAAGGAGAAGUGGGAUGAGAAUGAGAUCAGCCUUAAUGGUGGCAGUCUACGAAAAGCAGCUAAAGCUCUCCAGUUUGGGAAGGAAAAGGCACUCAACCGGAGAGAUAGUGAACUAUGUUGCAGUUGAUGCGUACAGAAUGGGUGAAUGUUCAUGGUGGCUCCACUUGGGAUGGAGUUCUGGGCUCCAGCUUUUACUAGCCAUUGUUGUUCUUUUCAAGGUCACUGGCUACGGUGCUCUUCCUGGCUUUCUUCCUCUACUCAUAUGUGGACUCCUUAACGUGCCUUUCGCAAAGAUACUCCAAAAGUGUCAAUACGAGUUCAUGGUUGCUCAAGAUGAGCGACUCAGGUCCACUUCAGAAAUCCUAAACAGCAUGAAAAUCAUUAAGCUUCAAUCGUGGGAAGAAAAGUUCAAGAACUUGAUCAACUCCCGUCGUGAUCGUGAACUCAAAUGGUUAUCAGAGUCACAAUUUAAGAAGGUUUAUGGGACUUUACUGUAUUGGAUGUCCCCAACCAUUGUGUCCUCGGUUGUCUUCUUUGGAUGCGUUCUUCUUCGUAGUGCCCCACUCAAUGCAAGCACCAUUUUCACUGUUCUCGCUACUUUGAGGACCAUGGGAGAGCCUGUCAGAAUGAUACCAGAGGCCCUUUCAGCAAUGAUCCAAGUAAAGGUCUCGUUUGAACGACUGAACUCAUUUUUGCUCGAUGAUGAGCUCAAAGACGAGGAAAAAAGAAGACACUCAAUUCCCAGAUCAGAUAAGAGCUUGGAAAUUCAAGGAGGCAAUUUCAGUUGGGAUCCAGAGUCGAUACAUUCAACACUAAAAGAUGUAAAUUUGGCGAUAGGGUUGAGGCAGAAAGUAGCAAUUUGUGGACCAGUUGGCGCAGGAAAGUCAUCACUCUUAUAUGCUAUACUCGGAGAGAUACCAAAGCUAUCAGGAACUGUUGAAGUAUAUGGAUCCAUAGCCUAUGUUUCUCAGACUUCUUGGAUACAAAGUGGGACAAUUCGUGAUAACAUACUCUAUGGAAAACCAAUGGACAAAAGCCUAUAUGAAAAGGCUAUCGAAGCAUGUGCCUUAGAUAAGGACAUUAACGGUUUCAGCCAUGGAGACCUUACAGAAAUAGGGCAGAGAGGGAUUAACUUGAGUGGAGGACAGAAGCAAAGAAUCCAGCUUGCCCGAGCUGUCUAUAAUGAUGCAGAUACCUAUCUCCUUGAUGACCCCUUUAGUGCAGUUGACGCGCACACUGCUGCCACUCUCUUCAAUGAAUGUGUCAUGGCUGCUCUCAGAAAUAAAGCUGUUAUUCUAGUGACUCAUCAAGUAGAGUUUCUCUCUGAAGUUGAUAAAAUUCUGGUAAUGGAAAAUGGAAAUAUUACUCACUCAGGAAGUUAUGAGGAACUCCUGAAAGCUGGGACAGCAUUUGAAGAGCUUGUGAAUGCUCAUAAAGAUGCAAUAUCUACACUGGGUCUUUCGAAUAAUGAUGGACAAGGAGAAUCUCACAUGGUAGAUGAGUUAAGGACAGAGGAGAGUUAUGGUUCAUACUCCAAACAAUACAGCGAAGAAGAAAUCUCUGCAAAUGGUCAACCAGGAGUGCAAUUAACACAAGAAGAAGAAAAAGAGAUUGGUGAUGUGCGUUGGAAGCCAUUUAAGGAUUAUAUUCUUGUCUCUAAAGGGUCACUUCUUCUAUUCUUAAUCGCAUUAACUCAGUUUGGCUUUUUCUCAUUGCAAGCUGCCGCCACUUAUUGGUUAGCUCUAGCUAUUCAAUUUCCUAAGAUCACAAGUGGAAUGUUGGUUGGUGUUUAUACUGGAAUUUCAACACUUAGUGCCGUCUUUGUGUAUCUUAGAUCGUUUUUUGGAGCUUGUCUUGGAAUAAAAGCUUCGAAAGCUUUCUUCACUGGUUUCACCAAUGCUAUUUUUAAAGCUCCCAUGCUGUUCUUUGACUCCACCCCAGUUGGCCGAAUCUUGACCCGAGCUUCAUCAGAUUUGAGUAUUCUGGACUACGACAUACCUUUCUCUGUCGUUUUUGCACUGGCUGGUGUUGUUGAACUUCUGGGAACGAUUGGCAUUAUGACUUCUGUCACAUGGCAAGUUCUUAUCGUUGGCAUUUUCAGCCUGGUUGCUAGUAUAUAUGUUCAGGGCUAUUAUCUAGCUACUGCUAGGGAGCUAAUAAGAAUUAAUGGAACAACAAAAGCUCCUGUUACCAACUUUGUAUCUGAAACAUCACUUGGUGCUGUCACAAUAAGAGCUUUUGGGUCAGUGGAUCGAUUCUUCAAAAAUUACCUAAAACUCGUGGACACAGAUGCAGCUUUAUUCUAUCUGUCCAAUGCAGCCAUAGAGUGGUUAGUUCUAAGAAUAGAAGUACUUCAAAAUUUGACCCUUUUCACUGCAGCUUUUUUCCUUAUUUUACUUCCAAAGGGUCAGGUAGCUCCAGGGCUUGUGGGGCUCUCUCUUUCUUAUGCCUUGUCACUAACAGCAACACAAAUUUUCUUGACUCGAUGGUAUUGCAACUUAGCCAACUACAUUGUUUCAGUUGAAAGGAUCAAACAGUUCAUGCAUAUUCCAGAAGAACCUCCAGCAAUCAUUGAGGGAAAUAGGCCACCUUCUUCAUGGCCCACCAAGGGUAGGAUAGAGUUGCAAUCUCUAAAGAUUAGAUAUCGUCCAAAUGCACCGGUAGUUCUCAAGGGAAUCACAUGCACAUUCAAAGAAGGGACUAGAGUAGGAGUUGUGGGAAGGACAGGAAGUGGGAAAACAACACUCAUAAGUGCUUUAUUUCGUUUAGUGGACCCAGCAAGUGGGAAAAUUAUCAUAGACGGACUUGACAUAUGCAGUAUUGGUCUAAAAGAUUUGAGGAUGAACCUCAGUAUUAUCCCCCAAGAACCAACUCUUUUCAGGGGUAGCAUUAGAACCAACUUAGACCCUCUUGGCCUAUACUCUGAUGAUGAAAUAUGGCAGGCUCUAGACAAGUGUCAGCUUAAAGCAACAGUUAGCAACCUACCCAAUCUACUGGAUUCAUCUGUGAGUGAUGAAGGAGAAAAUUGGAGUGCUGGUCAACGCCAGCUCUUUUGCCUUGGUAGAGUUCUGCUAAAGAGGAAUAGAAUUCUAGUCCUUGAUGAGGCUACUGCUUCCAUUGAUUCUUCCACAGAUGCCAUUCUUCAGAGGAUCAUUAGGCAAGAAUUUUCAGAAUGUACAGUCAUAACAGUAGCUCACAGAGUUCCUACUGUUAUAGAUAGUGACAUGGUCAUGGUCCUCUCGUAUGGUAAGCUGGUUGAGUAUGAUGAGCCUUCAAAGCUUUUGGAUGCCAACUCCUAUUUCUCCAAGCUUGUAGCAGAAUACUGGUCAAGCUGCAACAAGAAUUCACAAUAAAAAUAUAUUAUUAGCAAUAAUUAUAAAUUAAAAAAAUUAUAUUUAAAUAAAAAUUUAUUUGAUCAGUACUACUGGACUGAACAAAUAAUGAUAUAUUUUUUUUUUUUGAAAAGUUAUUAUCCAUUCCUACGUAAGAACAGUUUUAUUAAUUUUUUAAAAUUUGGGGGAGAAGGGAUUUUGGUGUUUUAAAUAUAAGGGAAAAGUUGAGAACUACUCAUUUUUUGGAGUAGUUAACUAAAAUUAGACACUAAAUAUAUUUAGUUGAACUUUACCCAUUAUUA